GACUCGUUAAGCGGUUUCAAAAUAUAAUUUGAUAAAAAGGAUAUACUGAACUAUUGAUAACCACGAAACUCAGAACUUACGUAAAAUUCCUGACAAAAACACCAGUCUCGCAAACCGUUCUUAUCACUAAUACUCAUCUUCCCAAUUCCUCCAUUGACCCUGAAUUUUAAUGUUCAAAAUAUACCACGCGUUUUCUAUUCUUGAAGACAAGAAUUUGCAAUAUAUUUCACCCCUUAUUUUGGAUUUAAUGGAAAUACCAAAGAGAGAAUUUUUAUAAUCGCGAUGAUUAAUUUGCCUAUUUAAUAUUUAAUGUUUUGAUAAAAUGUUAAAUCGAAGCGCGAUAUAGUUGAUACUCUUGCCUUUAAAAAUGAAAAAAAAAUGUCGAGUAUUUCAAGCGUUAAAAUUCUGGGUCAAUAGGGGAAUUGAGGGAGUGAGUUUAAAUAACAAGAAUGGAUUUUAUGCUAGCAAUGUGCUUUUUCUUUCUGGAUGAAUUUCUCGUCGAGAUUGACCUCGAGGCGUUAUCUUGAACUUUAAUGUCUGAGACUGGAAUAUCCCACGCAGUUGUCAUAUCUAAUAACAAAAAUCUUCUAUAUCUCCAACCCUUUUACUGACUGGAAUCGAGAUAUCAAGUAAAAUCAGAUGGCGAAUACGUGUCAAAGUGGAAAGGGGCGAAUGCUGUUGAGGGGGUCAGGGCGACCGCGCAGCUUCCACGCAGACGCGUCUGGACCGCUGUGACGCAAUCGCAUAAUGUUGAGGGACCUAGGGAGGAUAGAGUCGACGGUGGGAAGAAGCCUCACGGGUGGUGAUCACCCCGGGCAGAUGAUAUCCGUACGCGCUUGCCAACACUCACUCGUGAUUCUCAUUUCUUUCUUCGCGGAACCCCCGAGGGUUCGCAUCCACCGGUAAAUCGUUGGAAUAUGUGAACAUUUACACUCUAGGGUUCUUCAAUUCAUUUUAUUAAUUUGUGUCUCUCCAAAGAAUUUAAGCUUAUCGCGAGUGAAUCGCUAGUCGAUUUGAAUAGCCACCUGUGAACAAUGUUUUGAAGUCGUAAAUCAGAAUCAAUGAGAACUACAUGACAUUGAUGACAAACCGAUAUGAAGUACCUAAAGAUUUCGCUCUUUCUAUUCAACCUCUUAAUAUGGUUGGCUGGGUUUAUGGUGGUAGUUAUUGGCGUAUGGCUGUUGCUCGAGCCUAGCAAUGGACACCUGCUGAAUCUAUUCGUGCGGAGUACAUCGCCUCACUACACCGUUCAUAUAGUUGCUUAUAGCCUACUUGGAUUGGGAUUCAUUGUUCUCACAGUCGGAUUUGUCGGAUGUCGGGCCUCAUUGUAUGGAAGCCAGUGCAUAAUAACUGUGUAUAUAGCUGCUCUGGUGGUGCUCAUAAUAACAGAAUUAGCGACCGCCGCAGUCGGAGGUUUUUUAGCGUAUCGAGGCAUAUCCGGAUUAGAGAAGAGAUUAGUCGAGAGACUUGGGGAUCACUAUGGGCAUGAUCCCUCCAGUGACAUUGCAUUCACGCAGAGUCUCGAUUAUUCACAAUAUAAGUUCAAUUGCUGCGGUAUUCAUGGGGAUAGUGAUUAUAAUGGUACUGCCUGGUGGCGAGACUACAGGGUGACAGGACUGAAUAGAAGAGUGCCUCUCACUUGUUGUGUACUUAAGAAUCACGAAUUCCUCUCAGGGUUUUCAGUUUUUUCUUUCAUAGUAAAAAACGCUGGAAGUCCUAUGAGUGUAGUUUCCCGGGUCUUUCACAAGGAUAAUGAAAAACCGUGGGUUGUGCCACAGCCCAAGGAUGAGGCGGCCUGUCAAUCUGACGAUCCCGGGGCGCAAUUGGGAUAUCGCCAUAAAGAGGGGUGUAUGCACAAAGUUGCCGCCUGGGUGCAAUUUGAAAGCUUGAAGCUCGUUUUUACGGGGCUAAUAAUGGCAGCAAUCCAGACUGUCGGUAUCGUAGUAUCAACCCUGAUGUGCAAAACAAUGAGAGACAUACAAAAUGAUGGAUAACAAAAGGAAGAGCCCAUCUCCUUCACAUAAUGGUGGUGCACCUAGUUCUAAUGGCCGUCCUGCAAAAGUAUGAUAUGAUGUCAUAGUAGAAACUUCACGUUCUCGCCAACAAUGUGAUUUGCAAUGGAUAAUGGAAACCAAUUCGUAUUGUAAAACGGUGAAUAAGAAGCCGAAGAAAUUUGUGUAGAACUUGUAUCGAACUUUACCGAGGGAAAGAAAAAUGUAAACGAAAUGCCCAAAGCCGAUGAAUAUUCCCACAAGAGCCAGCUGAUCGUCAAUUUCUCCAACGAUAAGAUGGAAAUAUCGUUAGGGUUUAACAAAAUAAUAUAGUGUUGAUUGUGUUCUGAACGAAUGACUUUAGUUGACGAUUUUUUUUUUCGACUACAAAUUGACUCGAAUGGAAUUCAUUUCAAUAGUAGAAACAAUUUAAUUACUGACUUGAAUUCCUACUGUUUCAUGAUUGAUAAUAAUUAUGAUUGCCUGCGACAUUUAACUAUUUUUUGUAUAUAUCAUUGACUAUUAGAAAUGUUUAAAUAAUUCGGAUGCCCUAGAUUAACUCUGAAAAUUAAGAAAUAAAUUCAAGGAAAUACUGGAAGUUGUUGACAAAUAAUGUAGAAAAAUAUUAAAUUACAAAUCAUAAUUAAUAAUUCAAUUCUGAAUGAUGUACCAUUCCAUGGGAGGUACUAACUCCUAUUAUUUAUAUAUCUCAUAUGAAAAAAUUCUGCAAAUAUAUGGUUUUAGAAAUUUUUCAUAAAUAAUCAAAAAUACUGUCGCGACGAGUGAAUGAAAUCCCAUCGCAACUUCGCCACUCGACAUGAAACCGUAAUUACGAGGCACGAAUAAUGAAAUAAAUCGUUAAUACUGAAAGUUUCAAGCCGUAAAUGCUGACAAAGAAAAAUAAUAAACACGAAAUAUUUUUAAUAAAAUAUUUAUAAUAUUUAUAAUAUAAAUAUUUUUUCGUUGCAACUAAAAACUAAAAAAUAAAUAAAUUCAUUGCGCAUAUAUUUUUUUAAAGCAUUU